CAAUGCUUCACCGUUCAUUCACUCUAAUCUUGGUUACUGUUGCCGUUAUCUUGGCUACUUUAUUACACACUGCAGAUGCUGCAUCUCGUUCAUCCGUCAAAAACAUUCUCAAAGUAACCAACUCGCUUCGUGCAAAGCACCAUGCGCCUCCUUUAAAAUGGAGCAACAAGUUGGCCACUUAUGCUCAAAACUGGUCCAACCGCUGCGUAUUUGAACACAGUCAAGGUCAAUAUGGUGAAAAUUUAGCCUAUGGUUAUCCUAAUUGGGGAAGCGUCAUCAGAGACUGGUACAGUGAAGUCAAGGACUACAACUAUGACCAUCCACAAUUCAAUGCCGGCCACUUCACUCAGCUCGUUUGGAAGGAAACAACUGAAGUUGGCUGUGGUGCCAAGGUUUGCAAUAACCUCUGCCCUGGAUGUAAAUUGUAUACUUGCUCUUACAAGGUUCCUGGUAACAUGAUGGGCGACAAUUGGAGAUACUUUAAACAAAACGUUAUUAGACCUUAACUGUUUUUACAAACGUUUUUUUUUUAUGUUAAUAAAGUUAUAAUCUGGUAUUAUAUUUAACAUGCGUGACAUAUGCACCUGUGCAUUAAAUUUGACAUAAGUAACUCAUAUCCUAUUCAAGGCAGGGGGGAAUAUUAAUGGAUUAAACCUUGAUGAAUGCAUCAAACUCUAAUAUUUGCGUCACAAGCCCUUUGCUUGAAC